UAAAAAAGUAUUUCCGAGCAGGUUAUAUAAUUCGCCCAGACUCCUUAUUUUGGCCAACGCAAGAGCAGAAGAACAGAGGAAAGAAGGCACAAACUAGAUAGGGGAAUACACCUUUACCCUUCCCGCGAUUUAGGCACACAAAUUAGUCUGCAUCCAUCGUGGCUUGUGAAUUUGUGAUCGAGGGCACAAAACGCGUCGUCCAUCGAUCAUGUGGUUUCUCCAACGGAGUUAAGAGAUCGAUCAGCAGCCCAUUGAAUCGAUCGAGAGAGGAAGAAUGGACGAGGUGGAGCAACAACUGUCCAAGCAGCAGAUCGAGGAGUUCCGGGAGGCCUUCAGCCUCUUCGACAAAGAUGGCGACGGGACGAUCACGAGCAAGGAGCUGGGCACGGUGAUGCGUUCGCUGGGGCAGAGCCCGACGGAGGAGGAGCUGCAGGAGAUGGUGAAGGAGGUGGACGCCGACGGCAGCGGCGCCAUCGACUUCCAGGAGUUCCUGACCCUCCUGGCGCGCCAGAUGCGCGAGGCCAGCGGCGCCGACGAGGAAGAGCUCCGCGAGGCCUUCCGCGUCUUCGACCAGGACCAGAACGGCUUCAUCUCCCGCGACGAGCUCCGCCACGUCCUCCAGAACCUCGGCGAGCGCCUCUCCGACGAGGAGCUCGCCGAGAUGCUCCGCGAGGCCGACGUCGACGGCGACGGCCAGAUCAACUACACCGAGUUCGCAAAGGUCAUGCUGGCCAAGCUCGAAUUGGAGUCAGAGGAACCGGCCAUGCCGUCGCUCCUGAAAAACGGAUACCGCGUCUGUCGCUGGGUUCUUGCAUUUCGGAUCUUGCAAAUGGGCCGCCAAGUUAAACGCAGACGGCGAAGGCACCAGGAGAUGGAAGGCCAUGGGAGUGACUCGGAUCACGCCAAGAGUACCUGCCCCUCCUGUACAAUCCUCUGAAACUCACUCUGCCACCCUCAUUUCUUGCUGACAGCUGAGUGAAAUGUAACAAAAUCCACAUUGUAAAUGGGAAAAAAUUGAAAUGGUAACCAACGUGAGUUCCCAAUUAACUUGCCAGGUUUUUCUUGAAACAAUGAAAACCUGCUUAAGCUCUUCUGUUCAGUACUAGUCAGAAAAUGGGGGCAACAUAUCAAGGGCAAGGAUGCAAAAACCAUACUUGGCUUCAUUUCGCAGAUUUUGUGCAUUAUGUUUCAACAUGAUUCAUAGGCAUACAUGGAUUUACAAAGCUCACAUACUGACAAAAUCUACUGAACAAGCUUCACUCCAACUACAGUCUACAGCAAGCAAUUACCUCUCAAAA